GCGGGGGAAGCGUCCUUGGAGAUGUUGUUGUUAGUGCUAUAACUUUAGCAUCUUUUGCCCCUAUGCGUUCACAAUGUCUUCGUUAAACAACUGAAAACAAGUCGCUAUUGCCACAGAGGCUCAUAAGAAACCGAUUAAAAGUUUGGAAGUAACCAUGACUGCAGCUGCUCUCAUCGGAGACCAACUGAUCCUUGAAGAGGACUAUGAUGAUAAUUAUACACCUUCUGAACAAGAGAUCCAUGAGUACGCAAGAGAGAUUGGCAUUGAUCCUGAAAGGGAGUCGGAGCUCCUGUGGCUGGCCAGGGAAGGCAUUGUCGCCCCUCUCCCCCCCGAGUGGAAGCCUUGCCAGGACGUGACGGGGGACAUAUACUAUUUCAACUUCUCCUCGGGACAGUCCACGUGGGACCACCCCUGCGACGAGCACUACCGCCGCCUGGUGGCCCAGGAGCGCGAGCGCGCCCAGCUCACGACCGCCACAGGAGGUGGAGGCGCGAAGAAGGACAAGAAGAAGAAGAAAGAAAAGAAGGAGAAGAAAGAGAAAAAAAAGAAGGAGCCGCUCAAGACCCCUGGAGCGCUGAGUUCCUCUCUGGGACGCCUACCGUCCCCUCUGGGCAGCCUGGCUCCUCUCAGAGGUCUGGACGCCCCCGGCCCGGCCCCCCUGUCUGGCUCUGCUCCCGCUCUCCGGCGCACCCUCGGGAGCUCCGGGGGACUGGAGCCGCUAAAGACAUCGCUUGGGAGCCUUCGGGGCAGUGGAGCCUCGAGUGUUUUGGGCAACAGGAAGGAGGAGCGAGUGUCUCUCACUCUGCCUGGCUUUGAUGAUGAUGAUGAAGAUGAUGAUGACAAUGAGGAUGAGAAAAUCUCAGAAAACGAGCCAAGUCCUCGUGGUUCAGACCGGUUAUUGAAGAACCUUCACCUGGACCUGGACGCACUCGGAGGAGGCCUUCAGUAUGAGGACAGUGAAGCCAGUGGCGGAGCUCCAGCUGAGGAGAGGACAGAGCCAGAGUUGCAGGACUUGGCUCUCUCAGGAGACCACAGUCCUGAACCACCCUCCCAACAGGAGUCUGAAGCCAGUGAGAACAUUGAGGAGGCUUCAUCCUCCAUAGAUGUCAAGCUUUCCGAAAAGAUUCUGGACCUGUCCGGCACUGUCAGUCCUCUGGAGAGGGAGGACACAAAAGAGGAAGAGAAGAAAGAAGGAGGAACGAAGACAAAGAAGGCAGAGGUUGCAAAGAGGAUUUUGCAGGAUUCUAGCAAAGACAACCCUUCAGCCACUAAAGUGGACCGACUCGUCCUCCACCAGUCCAGCCCCUCCCCCCCCCUCUCAAAUUCGUCUCUUUCGGGGCAAGGCGUCGGGCUCCAUCCAAAAACGGAAAGCCUCGGCACCUCUUUGGUCAUACAAAGGCCGGAAACCUCCAGAGGUCGGCUGUCCCGCACCCCCAACACCCAACUAGACGAGGACGAAGCCUUCUUCAAAAUCCAAAAGAGCCCAAGGGAAGAGGAGCCAAGCUGGAGAGUCAGAAAAGACAGAGAGACGAAAGACAGGGAGAAUGAGGAGGAGGUGAGAAGGACAGAGGAAAGGAGUCUGAAAGAGAGGAAGGAGGAGAGGGAGAGGACUAAGGCUGACAUAGAGGUGGGGGAGGAGAGGGAGAAGAGAAUGCUUCUCCUUCAGGAGGAGCUGAGGAGAGAAGAGGAGGAGGAGAGAAGGAGAGAGGAAAGGAGCCUGAAAGAGAGGAAGGAGGAGAGAGAGAGGACUAAGGGUGAUGUAGAGUUGGGGGAGGAGAGGGAGAAAGUGACGAAGGAGAAGAGAAUGCUUCUGCUUCAGCUGAGGAGAGAAGAGGAGGAGGAGGAGAGGAAGCUGAAGGAGGAGAGUGAGGAGAGACUAAGUGCUCUGCGGCAGCGCCUCCUGUCCAAGAGGAGAGAGGAGGAGGCCACGCUGAACGAGGAGUCUGAGAGGACGCUGGAGGAGAUCAGAGAGUCGGCCAAGGAGGAGAGGGAGAGACAGCAACGCAAACUCAGGGAGGAGAGCGCGGCCAUGCUGAAGGAGUUACGCAUCACUCUGGAGGAGGAGCGAGGAGCGGAGCGCGACAGACUGGAGGCGCAGAGGAGGCGGGACAUCGAACGUCUCCAGGAAGAGUCUGAAGAGGAGCUGCAGGCGGAGAAAAGGAGACUUCAGGGAGAGAGGGAGGAGAAACUGACCUCUCUGAAACACGAGGUCACAGAACGUCCUGCACUGCAACUGGCAGAGUACCACAGAGAGCUAGGUGAUGUUCUCCAGGAAGUGCGGGAGGAAGUGCAGCGUGAUCACGAGAGGAAGCUGGAGCAGAUGAGGGAGGACCACAGGAGAGAGAUGAACAGCAUCCGAGAGAAAUACAUGGAUGAGGAGACGGCGCAGAGGGCGCGCUUACUUUCUUCACUGCAGGAAGACCGAGAGCAGCUCCAGGCCUCGCAUGCUGUCCAACUGGAGAAACUCCGCUUGCAGCUCAACACACAGAUUCAGAAGACACAGCUGACACACUCGCGCAAGGAGUCAGAACUGGAGGAUCUGACAGAUAAGAUGGAGCUGAGAGCCAAAGAGCUGAAGAGCCAGGAGGCCAUGCUGCAGAACAAGGCAGCAGAUCUGAAGAGGAGGAGGAGGAAACUUGGGGAGGAAGAAGAGGAAGUGGACAGGCAGAUAGAGACCUUACCCCGGCUGAUGCAGGAGAGAGAGCAGCUGACGGAGGAGCUGGAGAGGAUGAGAGAGGAGAGGCAUCAAGCCAGAGAACUCCUCCAGAGAGCGAGGGAGGAGAAGAGUGAGGCCAAGCAGGGGGAGGAGAGGCUGAGGGAGGAGGGGGAGAGAGCCAGGGAGGAGAGCAGGAGGAGCAAGGAGGACAAGGGGCGACUGGAGAGCAAGGUGGCGCUCCUGCAGGAGAGAUGCGACCGUCUCACUCGCAGAGCCAGUGAGCUGGAACCAGGCGAAGGAGUGAGUGCCUACCCGAGAGCAGAAGCUAAACGGGACAAGAAGAAGGCAGAGAGAUCUGAGGCCACAGCGCCCCCCAGUGACAGGAGAGGCUCCCCGCUGCAUGUAGAAGACCUGGACGACCCCCCCCCUCUCCCCUGUCCCCGACAGCACCAGCAGCGUGGACGAUGUUCGACGCUACAUCUCCUCACAUGGCGAAUCCAUCCAAAAAACCAAACAGUUCCUGGAUAGGGAGAGCAGCCGGCUGAUGAAGAGACAGGCAGCUCUGCGGGCGGCCCAGAACGGCUCCUCCCAGGACCCCAACCAGGGAGGAGGGGUGUCUGAGGAGAUGAUAAGAAACCUACAGCAGGAGAGCAGGAAUGUUCUGGAGCUGCAGCGGACGGUUCAGAGGGGGAACUCUCUGCUGCGGAGGAAAGAGGAGCAGCUCCAGCAGCUGGAGGGCUCUCU